AUGAAAGAAGAAAUGAUUGAACAAGAAAGAAGAGAACAAGAAUUAUUAGAUCAACAAAGAUUAGAACAAGAAAUUAUAGAUCAAUUAGAUAUGAUUGAUGAUCAACCUGGUAGUAUUAAUCAUCAAUAUGAAUCAAAUGUUGGACCUUUUAUUCAACAUCAACAAUAUGAAUUAGAUGAUGAUCAACAACAAUAUUAUCAACAACAACAACAUUCACAUCCUCAUCAUGAUCAAUAUGAUCAAUAUCAACAACAUGAAUUAGAUGAACCUUAUUAUAAUAAUCAACAACAUCAUUCAAGAAGAAAUAUAAUUGCUGAUAAAAGAUCAAAUCAACAACAAUAUAAUGAUGAUUCUCAAUAUAGAGAAUAUAAUAAUACUAAGGGAAGAAAUCAAAUUAAACAAGAAAUGCCUUCACAAACUGCAAGUGAAUAUUAUAGAGAUGAAAAGGAAAAAUGUAUUAUUUUGUAA